AUGACGUUUGGGAGCAAUCAAAUGAGUGGUUAUUCUGCCGGUUUCUCGUGGGGUUUCAAGUCAGAAGUGCCUGUGAAGAGUCAGCAACACGGCGAGCAGAUUGCGUUAGAGGGCUCACAGAGCAGUGCCACUGUUAGGGAAAGAGCGAAGAGACGGUUCACGGCUGAGGAGGAAAAUGAGUCUGAAAUUGGGCAGCAUGUUGGUGUGGUACGGAAACAUAUGGUGAUGAAGAGGAAAUAUAACCUGCCUGCGUCGAUUCAGGGACAGCCGUUGCCGAUAAACCGCGGUUUGGAGCUGCUGAGCAAAGAACAAUUGCAGGACGUGCUGCUGGAGGUUAUGAAGAUGCAUCCGCAGGUGCAGCAGACGGUGAGUGGUAAGAUCAUGAGCUGCAACUUCAGCAUAGAGAAGUGUACAGAGCUGCUCAAGGGCAAGCUGGAGGCUCUUUACGGAAGCAUACCUUAUAGCAGGUCCUAUGAGAUGGAUAGACUUAAUGACUACGCAUUUGUCCGGAUGAAGCCGUACAUUUUGGAGUUUUUGAACUGUCUGAUCGAUUGCAUACUGGAUCAGAUCCCCCCUCGAGUGGAAAAUGUACACAACUCGCUGAAGUUUCUCGACACAUGCACGGACAUGGUCACUCAUUUACCGCGUUUCCAGCUGGCUAGCAAUAACUACUACUAUGACAAGUGCUUGGAGCAACUGUCGUACGUAUGGUGUACGGUCAUCGAGCACAUUGCCAGGAACACGAUAAUAUCGCUCAACGACGAGGCUCUUCUGUGCAGCUGGGUGCAAAAACUGCAAGUGUACAACGAUCUGGCUAACGGGAUGCUGGUUCGCCCACUGCAGCUUUUUAAGUCGCUGCGCAGCGUGGAAGAUGGUGUCUCGAGCUCGACGGCAAACUCCGAAGCACUGUCGAACGACGCUACAGUAGCUUAUAAACCCUAA